AUGAGGAGCCAACAUACUCAGUCACGAAGGGCCGAGGAGCCGGCGGCGUCGAGCAGGAAAGCUAGCUUUGGAGGGCCACCGGCGUACGGAGCGCUGUUUACGGCGGUUGCAGCUACAGUUGCUGGUCUUGCGUACUACACCCAGCAACGGCCAGAACAUGCACUGCCAGCCCCAGCCCAAAGAGCACGAGAAGCACGGCCCGGGACAAUAUCCUACGAUGAGGUGCAACAACAUACCUCAGCAGACGACUGCUGGGUGAUAAUUGAUGGCCAAGUCUACGACGUGACCGCAUUCCUCGCCCUGCACCCCGGCGGCGCGCAAGCCAUCCUCCUCCACGCGGGCCGCGACGCCACGCAGGUCUUCAUCACGCUGCACCCAUCCGACGCGCUCGGCACGCUCCCUCCUGAAGCCUGCCUGGGCCCGCUCGACCUGGCGACGCUGCCCGAAGCAGGCGAUGCGGAAGAAGAGGAGGCGCUGCGGAUCAGCGCCGCGAGGGCCGAGAUGCCUGACGCGCAGGACAUGCUCAUGCUGCAGGACUUUGAAUUAUGGGCUGAGAAGGUGCUGAGCCGGACAGCGUGGGCGUACUACCGGAGUGCGUCGGAUGAAGGGAAGGCAUUCGACGAGAACCGGAAUGCCUUUGGGCGGUACUUCUUCCGCCCGCGGAUACUGACGGGCGACAUGAACCAGGGGUCCACAGAAACGACGUUCAUGGGCAUCGAGACGAGCCUGCCGGUGUUCAUCAGCCCGGCUGCGAUGGCGAAGCUGGGGCAUCCGCUGGGAGAACUGAACCUGACCAAGGCUGCAGGAGACUGCGGCAUCGCGCAGGCAAUAUCAGCCAAUGCGAGUUGCGCUGUCGAGGAGCUCUUUGAGGCAAGGAAGGACGAGACUCAGCCUUUGAUAUUCCAGGUUCGUCUUCCACCAAUGUUGCUUCCAUUUGCCACUUUGAAGUCCUGGCGUCUGACAAUCUCAAAGAUCUAUCUCAACAAAGACCGCUCUGCUUCGGAAGCACUCCUCCGCAAGGUCGAGAAGCUCGGCGCCCGCGCCAUCAUGUUCACCGUCGAUACCUCGUGGGACUCAAAGCGCACGCUCGAUGAGCAGACCAAGAGGCUCGCCAACAGUGCCAUCAUGGCUGCCAAGCCUACAAACUCGGAUACCGCUCCUGCUCAAGGGCUGCCCGUCGGCAAGGCCAUCAGCGGAUAUCAGGAUCACAAUCUGUCAUGGAGCGACAUCGCGUUCAUCAGGAAGAACACUACGCUCCCCAUAAUCGUCAAGGGCGUCCAGUGUGUUGAAGAUGUGCAGCUGGCCGUCGAGCACGGAGUCGAUGGCGUGUUACUGGUAAGAGAUUCCAAUCGUUACGCACCUGACCGCGAUGCUUAUCAACUGACACGCCACAAGUCCAACCACGGCGGCCGCCAAGCAGACUACGCACCGGCCCCCAUCGACAUACUGUACGAGCUGCGCGUCCUGCGGCCCGACAUCUUCUCCAAGAUCGAUGUCAUGAUCGAUGGCGGUGUGCGCUCCGGCGCCGAUGUCGUCAAGGCUCUGGCAUUAGGUGCCAAGGCUGUGGGACUCGGCAGGCCGUUCCUGUAUGCCAACGGCACCCAUGGGCAAGAGGGCGUCACAAGAGCUAUACAGAUCCUGCACGAGGAGAUCACCAACACGAUGCGGAACAUUGGAGCGAAGAAGGUUAGUGAUCUCAAGCCGGAGAUGGUUGGGCCGGCUGGGCCGUGGGUUGGGAGGAACCGGCCACCGUACUUGCAGGGAUGA